UAUCAUCAGCUUUGACCCAUUGUCUGUAUCUGGUGCUUGAUUGAUAGCAAAAUGUGGUAGGUAUCCUACUUCUCUGUGUUGUUAAGCUAUAGAUUUUGCACCAUCAAAGAUGAGCCGCGCUCCGGGAUUUGUUGCGGUGUAAAAUCGCGUGCACACAGUUUUAACAAGGUUCUAGGGCGCCCAAAUCGCGCCUCUCUCUUUGUGGCUGUAGAAAGAAGAUGGCUCCCGUUCUGGAGAAGAAGCUCCUGGGCGCAGCCGGGGCAGGCGACACUAUGGAAAAUAGCAACGAAGACGAGGAAGGACAAAACCUAUGGACUUCAAUUCUCAGUGAGGUUUCAACACGUUCAAGUUCUAAGUUGCCAUCCGGYAAGAACAUAUUGGUGUUUGGUGAGGAUGGGUCAGGAAAGACAACGAUUAUGGCAAAACUCCAAGGAGCAGAGCACAAUAAGAAAGGAAGAGGCCUGGAGUAUCUGUAUCUGAAUGUCCACGAUGAGGACAUAGAUGACCUUACACGCUGUAACGUGUGGAUCCUGGAUGGGGAUUUGUAUCACAAAGGCCUGCUAAAGUUUGCAGUGACAGCAGAGUCGCUGAARGACAGCUUGGCAGUGUUUGUGGCAGACAUGUCAAGACCCUGGACCAUCAUGGAGUCGCUCCAGAAGUGGGCCAGCGUGCUGCGUGAUCAUGUGGACAAGCUCAAGAUCCCGCCGGAGGAGAUGAGAGAGAUGGAGCAGAGGAUGGUGAAGGCCUUCCAGGAGUACACAGAGCCGGAGGGAGCCAACCCAGCCUCUCCCCAGAGACGGGCUCCCCCUGCAGGGGGGGAAGACGAGAGCGUAGUGCUACCGCUCGGGGAAAACGUACUCACACACAACUUGGGCAUUCCAGUGCUAAUAGUUUGCACAAAGUGUGAUGCAGUCAGUGUUUUAGAGAAGGAGCACGACUUCAGAGAGGAGCACUUCGACUUCAUCCAGUCCCACAUCCGACGAUUCUGCUUACAGUAUGGAGCUGCCUUGAUGUACACAUCCGUCAAAGAGGAGAAGAACCUGGACCUCCUCUAUAAAUACAUAGUGCACAAAAUAUACGACUUCCAGUUCACCACGCCUGCCUUAGUGGUGGAGAAGGAUGCUAUUUUAAUUCCAUCUGGAUGGGACAAUGAGAAGAAGAUUGCAAUUUUGCAUGAAAAUUUCACAACGGUGAGACCUGAAGACCCCUUUGAAGACUUCAUCAUGAAGCCUCCAGUACGGAAGCUGGUUCAUGAUAAGGAGGUAAACGCAGAGGACGAGCAGGUUUUCCUUAUGAAGCAACAGUCUUUGCUGGCCAAGCAGCCGGCCACACCAACAAGAGGAGCAACAGAAUCUCCUGGACGGACUGCUUCUGGCUCUCCUCGACCCACUGGCCGUACAGGCUGUACCAAUGUGGCCAGCGUCUCGCCAAUGACCGCAGUCAAGAAACCUGACCCCAACAUGAAGGGAGCAGCAGCAAACGAGGGAGUGCUGGCCAACUUCUUUAACAGCCUUUUGAGUAAAAAGACUGGGUCCCCUGGGAGUCCAGGCACCGGAGCUGCAGGAGCAGGAUCUCCAGGAUCUGUCAAGAAAACAGGGCAGAAGCCGGUUUUGACUGACGUCCAGGCAGAGUUGGAUAGAAUGACUCGCAAACCGGACUCCAUGGUUACAGCUAACAACACACCAACAGAGAACGAAGUGUGAACGCAACAACAGCAUUGUCCACUGCAAAUACUGGAAAACCAACACAAGCAUAAAAAAAAAAACGAAAUAAGACCAAAUUCCCAAUGUGUAUAUCAGUCAGCAGACAGUAGUUUUGCCAAAUGAGUUUGAGAUGCUAUCAGAUAUAUUGGUUAUUUUGGUAAUAUGGAGAAAGAACAAAAGGUGGAGGUUUGGAGAAGGAGGAAGUUGAAGACUUGGCUGUAUCUAUCCUUAUUACUUCAAUUGUAAUGUUUUUUUUGCAAGGGAUGUCAGGUUAAGUAAUGCGUGCACACUCCUUGGGAGGCAGCCAAAUCCCCUGGUCUGCAAGCCCUCCGUUAGCUAGGGGAUACACCAUCUCUCACAAGCUUAAAUGGUGGAAAAGUGCUGUGGCCUCUUGUUCAGCUAAUCUUAUGGAAGGAAAGCAGUUGUGAUAAGAACAAUUAAACCCUAAAUAUAUUCAUUAAAAAAAAGAAAUACUUGCAAGUGUAUGUAGUAUGUAAAAAAGGUUAGAUAUGAUACUGAUGUAUUUAUAUAUAAAAAAAAUCUUUAUUUUCUUUUUUUCUGCACUGUUUGUGAUUUAGAAAAGGGUUUAGAUAGCUAUAUCUCAUAACAUGUUAAACUCCACUGACGUCAUGACACUAAUGUGACAAAUACACAUAGCUGAAAGCAAACAGUGGCAUCUGCCCACAAAAUGGCAGGUCCAACUAGUCAUCUUUAAGGAUUCUGUAAAUAUCAGCGAAAUUGCAAUUCAAGCUUUGGUUUUAUUUUGUACAAAAUGCAAUUAUUUUACAAAAUUAUGAAGAAAUGUCUGGGAUAAAAUGAGCACUGUUGGGAUUGGCAAGUGUAGAGUUUGCAAGGAAUGCUCUUUUGCCUAGAGGUGUUUUGGGGGCAGCAUCUUUCCUACUAUAACUCCCAAGUGCCUGGCUCAGUAACUGUGUCAUAGUAGAGCUGCUUAUCUACUUACAGGAAAUGCACUGUAGCACCAACGGUAAAAUGUUUUUCAGUUCGGUCAUUCAAGUAAUUUUUUUUUUUGUAUAACAAGUAUGGUCUUUGCAUAAGGUUUCAAAAGAAAUGUAGCUUACUUCUGUGGCCUAGAUGACAUUGUUCACUUGAGCAAUAAUGAGAAUGCCUUUCAUUUUAUAAACUGUAAAGGUAUCUAGAUGCAGAUUUUUAGAAGUAACCACAAGUUUAGAGUUUGUGUCCCCCAGAUGAACACUUGUGUGGUUUAAACCACUCACUUGUGCGGCCAAAGCAUUUAGAAAUCAAUUACUACGGUUUUAAUGUAAUGGGUUAUCCUUAAAAAGGAAAUUUAGCUCUGUUCUUUUUCAGUUUCAAAUGUUUUUAUACAAGCUAUAUGGCAGGUCAGGUUAAACAUUCACAAUUUCUACAUGAUGUUGGUGUAGAAAUCGUGGCCCAGUAGGAAAUUGCAUUGUCCACAGAUCUUUUGUGUGAUCUUCAGUGCCCAUUUACAAUGUUGGCUUUUUGCCUUCAGUGUACACACAGUUCACAAUUUGUCCAUCUGUGCACCCUGCCUUCACUCAGUGUAGAUCUUAGUCAAUAUUAUCAGCCUUUGCUUGUGUCCUUAGUAGGUUUUUAAAUUGUCCUAGUUCUGCCAAUGUUUUUUGUAAACUUUUGAACAAUUACAUCCAAUCUAAUACUGUACCAUAUCAAAUUAUUUGUAAAAAUCGUAAGAUUAUUUGAUUAAUCACAAUGAAAUAACUAAAUGAUCACCCUCAAAUCUAUAUACAGUCUAGCUAUGGUUAAUUUGCAGAUCAGCAAUUGUAACAUGGAUUUAUUAAACUGUAAGAGCAGCUACUUGGCUUUUAAAACAACAACGGAAACUACAUAGAAUUGGAACCUGGAACCAAAGAUGCCGCAAUUGGUGUGUUCUGUUUGUGUAAAUAGUCUCAUUUGAUUUCCAGGUGACCAUCUCCCCUGGCCCUGCGUGGAACACCCAUCAUUCCAAAGUACAUUCUAAGGUGGUCCGUGUACUUAACCCCUACCUGAGUUGCCAGGCUAACACGUUUUUUUUUGUUUUUUUUUGCUCUAAGGGGGAAAAAUCACAAGACCAAGAUGUGUGCAGUCUACUUUAUUUUACAUGAACCAAUCUGUAGUAAGAAUAAGAUGAGAACGGGCUGGAUUUUGAUUGUAUCAAAAUGAAGCGCUUAUAUUUUAUCUUCAUUGGGCAGAAAUUUGCAUCUAAGUUCAGUUGCUGAAAUUCAAGCACAAUAUUGGGACACCCAGGAGUAUUUCCUUAUGUUGAAAUAAGCACUUUCAUUUCGAGAGCUGUAAUGAACCCCCAGAUGUUAUUGUUUAAACUAMAGAAUGCAUACACUUCUUCCUGCCUGCUUAGAACGUGUAUUGAUGAAUUACAAGUAUGACACACUUAAUAUUGCGUUAAUAUUUUGGGGAUUAGCAGUAUAACGAACAUGGCCCUGGCAGUCAAAUCUGCUCCAGACUUUUAAACUUCAACCUUGGAGGUUUUUAAGAAAUCCAAAUCUAAAAUUCAUGUCAAUGCUCUUUAGUUUUUCAGGUGUAUUUCUGUCACACCUGCCCAUUYCAGAGCGUCUCAGUAUUAUUCUGUUCUAUUUUUUUCUGCACAACAAUGGUUUCUGUUUGCAAGCAUUACUUUGCUUAAAUUAUAUAGGAUAGAUAUCUUUUAGGGUGGUAACAGCCUAGAAAUUCAUGAACUCGUUCACUCCUCUGAUGUUUGUCUCCACAUAGUUACUAAACAUCAGCAUUAGCCAAACWGAAAUCUGUAUGUUUGGCUAGUACAUCAAGGAAAAGUACUCACUCUGCUUGAUUUCCAAAUGUAUGUUUUUGAUGAUUGGAUAUCCCCAAGAUUGAAUGAAAAACAGAUCUUGUAACAUAUUUUUCAAGAUUAAGUUAAAAGCGACUGCUCUAUACAUCUUAGUGCUAUGCCUUCAGCCCUUGAAAAUAUACACAUAUAGGAGAUUUAAAAGCUUUUGCUUACAGUCCAUUUUAUUCAGGAUAUAAACACCUUUAAACCACAUGGAGUACUGUGUGCCCUGGACAUAUUCAAAUGAGUGUGAUUGUAUGGCUUUAACAUGAUGCAGUAUGCAGCCAUGUGGUAUCUCGCUUUUGUGCCCACAAAGAUAAGGAAAAGUGUCUGUCAGCCCUGGCUUCAAUAAAACAAAGAAUCCAGACUA